AUGAAGAAAUACGCCCUCAUCGGCACCGGCGGCCGUGCCAUGUUCUUCUACACGGCCAUCGUGCGCGACUUCCCCAGCACCGCCCAGCUCGUCGCUUUCUGCGACACCAACUCCACUCGUCUGGCAUACGCCAACUCACAGAUCCAAUCGCUAGGUCACGCUGCGAUCCCGACGUACAACGCGCGGGACUUUGACCGAAUGAUCGAGGAGACCCGUCCGGACGUGGUGAUCGUCACCACUAUCGACCGCACCCAUCACCAGUACAUCGUCCGUGCCUUGGAACUGGGCUGUAACGUCAUUACCGAAAAGCCCAUGACCAUCGACGCGCCGCGUUGUCGACAGAUCUUCGACGCCGUGGACCGCACCCAGCGCCAGGUCCGAGUGACAUUCAACUACCGCUACGCACCGCAUAACACGCGCAUCGCGGAGCUAUUGGCCAGCGGGGCAAUCGGCGAGAUCAAUGCCGUGCAUUUCGAAUGGGUGCUCAACACCUCCCAUGGAGCGGACUACUUUCGUCGCUGGCAUCGCGAUAAGAGGAAUACUGGGGGUCUGCUGGUGCAUAAAUCCACGCAUCAUUUUGACCUGGUGAAUUUCUGGCUCCGCACUCGACCUGAGACUGUCGUUGCGAUGGGAGAUCUGCGCUUCUACGGGAAGGAGAAUGCCGAGCGACGCGGCGAAACGAGGUUCUACUCGCGCUCUCGCGGGAGUGAAGUGGCUCGGGAUGAUCCGUUCUCCCUGGACCUGGAAGGUAAUGAGAAGUUGAAGGCGAUGUACGUGGAUGCAGAGUGGGAAGACGGGUAUUAUCGUGAUCAGAGCGUGUUCGGGGAUGGCAUCAGCAUUGAGGACACGAUGGGGGUGAUGGUACGGUAUGAAUCCGGGGCUGUGAUGACGUAUAGUCUCACGGCGUAUGCGCCUUGGGAGGGCUUCCGGGUGAACUUUACUGGGAGUAAAGGUCGGCUGGAGGUGGAGGUCGUUGAGCAGUCGUAUGUUAACUCCGGGGGUGAGCAGGCUUUGGAGGGCGCUCUUGAACGACAGACUAUUCUUCUAAGGCCUUUGUUUGAGAAACCGGUGGAGAUUGAGGUGCCGACGGGUCAGGGAGGGCAUGGGGGUGGGGAUCCCCAGCUGCUGAAGGAUUUGUUUGGUACUCCGGAUGCGGAUCCUCUGGGUAGGGCUGCGACGCAUAUUGAUGGGGCGUGGUCUAUUGCUACGGGGAUUGCGGCUAAUGAGUCUAUGCGGAGGGGAGAGGUGGUGAGGGUGAGGGAUUUGAUGCCGUUGUGA